AUGCGUCGAGUCGUGGAAUCUGCGGAGUUGUUUUUGGCCGUUGUACCGGUUUUCGUUGAUGCUCUCCCGUUGAGGCCAAAGCGCGAACCCAGGGCUACAGAUCAACGCCAGCCACAACCUGAGGACUGGAGCCGAGCCGAGCGAGCCAACGCAAUUGUAUUCUUGCGGUUUGAGAUUCAACAGUUGCCCGAAGUCUUGCCAAAAGAUUAUGCUACAUAUGAUUUGUCAGAUGAAAUAUCCCAAGUAGCGAGCGACGCGCUGGACGACAUUCUUUUCUUUUUGGAUGGGCUGGUCAAUGACGCCAUCAUCGAACAAAACAACGAUGUUUCUAGCAAUACUGAGUUGACAACCAUCCAGCCUGAGAGUUGCCAAAGGUUUUCCAACCUUGAGGCAUUAAAAUACGUCCUCUGUUCUCACAAACAAACCACUAUUAGCGACACCCCGAGUCACUUUCCUGGCGAUAUACUAAAGUGGAUUCAAUACCCGACAGCAGGUGCUAUGAGCAUGCAAUAUCGCAGAAUAGCCAACCCAGUAAAACAAUUCCGAGAAAUCAUGAGACCGAUAUUUGAGGCUCACAUAGUUAACGCCGAACCUGAGUUGGCCCAACCCAAAGCAACGCAGAUCUAUUAUCCUUCUUUCCAAUCUCAGCACAAUCCUGAAGACAAUAGCCGAAAGGCCGUCGCGGACAUACAGCAGGCUCAACGACUUUGUGAAUCAACUGUAAGCAUUACCAAAGUAUUCACCACCACACUUCAACAAUGUCAGCCACCUCACUCCGCUCAUAUUCACUUGUCUGGAUUCAGAAAACCCGAGAUCGACAUGGUUGUCUCGGUUUGUGGUGGAAUCAAGUCCAAGAAAUGGCACACUGUCCACUGGUCUAUUCCAAGCGGUCGGAAUCCGCGACAGCCUUGCACAAAUACCUUUUGUUCUGAGCUCAAAGAAUCACGUCGGCGUAUGGCUCCUCUACAGUUACAGCUGCAGCAUGACGGCUCUUGGAACAAGGGUGCUCCAAGCGCUAGAAUUCAAGACUCCGUCUCAGCACCCACGGAAUCUUUACAAGAAUGGCUUACGCGGAUGGAGGGAGAAGCAAGCCCGACAGAAUCUUCAAAGUUGAAGAAAAAGGACAUACUGCACCUCGCAUUAAUGAUUGCGAGAUCUCUUUUCUAUCUUCUCGGCAGUCCGCUUCUCCAAGAUCCACUGGAGACCGAAACUAUUUGCGUCGCAAAGACCGAGUGCGGCUCAUACGCUCAGAAUUUGUGGACAAAAGCCUACACGACUGCACAAUUGGCGGGCUACCUCGACAAGGAGGAUCCUAACCAAUCUGGAAGAGCGACGCUGUCCAUCCUACAUCUCGGAAGACUGCUUCUCACGCUUUUCUUCCGCAGGCAGAUCACAGUCGAGGCAGAGGAUGGUGAAGUCAAUGAAGACAAUGACGAAACCGAAUCCUUGUUCUUUGCACUCAAUCGCGAACACAUUCAUUUAAAGGAAUCAUCGUUUGUCGACCCUUCGUGCCUAAUCAUCAUCCGCAACUGUCUUGACAUCUGCUGGGAAGUCGAUACGAUUGACGCGCCUUUUCGCACCAAAUUCUACUGGUCCAUUGUCGAACCUCUCAUACAAUCAUUUAGAAGUUACGACUUUUCAGGUGAGCGGACGGUGGAGAUUGUCGAGAGUGCCAAUCAUUCACGCGGAGUUCCAGGCAACUGCGAUUUGGACCAACAACAAGCACUAAAGAUGGAUGUACAGUUGGAGAAAAAUGUUACUGUGAUGAAACAAGGUACAAUGCUCCAAUCAUGGGGGCAAUUCGUUGAUGCAAAGGUGCUUGCAUCUACAGGAACAAUACGUGAUAGCGAAUCGUGGCUAAAUUGCUUUGACUUUGUUAAUUUAUCGCUUAGAGCUUCUCUCGCGAAAGGAACAAGAGCUUUACGGGUUGCUGUUCUCGACACGGGUUGCGAUGUGGAGCACACGUUCUUUUCUGGACCUGGAGAUGGCCAGGCCGAUCGCUUGGACGGGCACUGGUUCGACUGCCUGGGUGAAUCAAAUGAGCCCAUUGACGAGGAUUUGGGCAGACAUGGUACCGCCAUGGUUGCAUUGCUGCUGAGACUGCUUCCACACGCGGAAAUAUAUGUGGUCCGCGUCGCCAGGGGGAUGAAGAGCGACGCGGAGAGUGGCGUGGAGGGACUUUCUACUCUCAAGGAGAGUACUUCAAAGCAGGCCAUCCGCCACGCCGUUGAUGAGUGGGACAUCGAUAUCGUGUCAAUGUCAUUUGGCUUCUCUGAAGAAAUAGCAUCCAUACGAAAUGCCAUCUUAGACGCGGAGACCGCCAAAGAUGGCAAGAUACUGUUCUUCGCUGCAGCUAACAACGCUGGCCAGAACGAGCUCGAAUUGUUUCCAGCAUUCUUUGAAUCUGUCAUAUCGGUCCGCGGUACUGACUUCAAUGGGAGUUUCGACCCACAAUACGAUCCCCCAUCAUGGCCACACAAAGACGGCACAUGUUAUGGGACACUCGGAAAAGACGUCGCUUGCGGUUGGACGGCUGGCUCCCUGAGGAAGUCGGGAUGCUCUGUAGCGACACCGAUCAUGGCUGCGAUUGCGGCAACCGUGAUCUGGUUCGUGGCGCGCAAUGACAGCAUAUUCCCCCAAGAGGCCACAGACGCAAUCAAAACCCGGAGAGGAAUUCUUUCAGUCUUCAAUGUGAUGACUAUGAGAAGCAAUAGGUUAGACAGGCGGUACUUGGCCCCGUGGCAGUUAUUUGGACGUGACGCUCAGAAAAAGCUGAGUUCGAUUGCAUACGCAUUGGAUGGACUACCUCCGCAGGAACCUGCGAAGGAACCCCGUCAGAAACCUCAACAUAGCUAG